UGAGACACAGCCGACUGCGAUUUGGCAAACGUUGAUUUUCUAUCGGCUCUUUGGUAAUUCUAAAGGUUUCACAGAUUAUUUCCCUGCUAGAGCACACCGUCGGGAUCUAGUAGACAUUAGUUAUUCGCCGGCGGAAAUCAUUCUACUCGGGCUUACCUGCUUCUAUUGCCAUUUGUUUACGGUGCUUCUAGCGAACGCGAGAGUGAGAAGGCAAGAAGACAAGUUUGAACGUGAUUUGGAAAGUUGGGCCGCUGGGCAGACCUUUUCUCUAUUGUUUCGGAGCUCCUUCUUCGGAUUGUCGCCGACCGGAAGUUCCACUAUUGCUUGCCAGACUCGUACCAGAACAGCGAGUGGAGGUGACGAUACCGACGAUGAGCGUGACAACGGUGCCUGCGAUUUGCAAAGAUCUGGAUGGGGACGACCGAUGGCUGAGUAUUCACAAGCGAUUUGUUGCCGAGUGCAAGGAGAAGGAUCCGGACGUGAUGUUUAUCGGUGACUGCAUACUCGAGUCGCUGCAGUUCACCGACUAUUGGAACCAGCACUUUGUACCGAUGCACUGCCUUAACUUUAGCAUACGCACCGACCGAACGCAGAACAUCCUCUGGCGGCUGCAGAACGGCGAGUUGGAAAAUGUCCGACCGAAGGCGAUCGUGCUGCACGCUGGCACAAAUAACAUUGGCGACACGGCGGAGGAAGUGGUGGAGGGCAUCCUAGAGCUGGUGCGGACGAUUCGACAAACGCUGUCCGAUGUUUACAUCAUUCUGCCGACGCUGUUGCCACGCGGUCAGCAGCCAAACUCGCUGCGUGAUAAAAACGACCAGGUAAACCGGCUGCUGCGGGAGCAUUGCGUAGGCAUCAACAAGGUGCAAAUUGUCGCCAUCGACGGCGGCCUUAUACAGAGCGAUGGUACGAUCAGCCAUCACGACAUGUUUGACUACCUGAACCUCACGAACGUUGGCUGCAAGAAGGUGUUCGAGCCGGUAUGCGAUUUGCUGCAUCAAAUUUUGACUGAAAACGAAAAGGAGCACGAUCUCACGCCAUCGGAAUAGUAGGACGCGCAUGCAUCGAACCACCUCAAUCUGCUGAAGGAUAUUGCAACACUCUACCCCAGAGGACGGCCGAUUGUCGCGUCGGUUUCGUGCUCGUUUUCGCUCAUCUUUUGCGUCACAUGCUUUUUUUUCAUUCUCCACUGAACAUGUACCAUUGAUUCAAUUAUUUCUUCUAACUUCACAAUCUUCUUGAGCCGGUCUGAAAGCUGGAGCUGCAAUAAGCAGUUGCGCAGUUUAUCCAACAGUAGCGCCACAAUAGGAUUAGCGGACCAAAUGAAAUCAAAUGCAGUUCGUUAAGCAUAGCAAGAAUGUGCACAGCGAGAUGUGAUGCCAAAAUGAUCUUAACAUAUAGGGCCCGUUCCUAUAUCACUUGAAAAACAUUCCAUUUUGCGGAUUGCGCUGCAAGCACACACACACAGACACGGUUCACAGUGUUCGAACCUGCUUAGAGGUGCAUGCAUUCUACGAUUAGUGUGAUUAUCAAUAUUAAAAUUACUAUUUCCUUAAUUAUUAUUAUCUUCCUAAUUAUUAUUAUCAUUAUUACCGUUAGCAUCAUAAUAUAUAUUCUUUGGAUUACCUACACGAGCAUUAGCUAUGGCAGUUAAAUUUUGUUGUUAGAUUUUUUAAAUGCAUUUCUUUACGCUCUUGGUUCGUUUUGCCAUGGAAGAGCGGUAAAAGCGAAUGAAAAAGACAAAACAAAAACUCACCAAAAAAUGGCAAGAAAAGCAAGCCGCUUGAUAGCGAAAACAAAAAUUUAAUUUAUGCAACAAUACCAAACUAAAACAAGAAAACUGAACGUAGCCGCUAGUGCAUCUGGAAGUGCAUCUGGUGCAUUCCACGAUAUGUUGAGUUAAGCGUAAAUUUAGCGUAGGUGAAGGGAUGCGGCAGAACACGCUUUGCUGCGGAACGAUGCUCUCGACGCAGAUGCUUUGCAUAUUUUCGUUACUUAGCAGAGAGGUCGUGACCGUGGCGAGGAAGAGAAAAACACAGACUGGUGCUGCUAGAGCGGAACCGUGGCAGCUUACAGCACAUGCAUGCGCUUGGCAAUGGCAAACACAAAAUUAUCUUAAUGAUCUCAUCUUGCACCGUUUUACAUAGUUUUUCUUUUCCAUCAAUAUUUUCAUUUGAAUCGAAGAUUUAGCUGUUAAAUUGCGUUAAAUGCUCCGGUGCUGGUGAAGAAGGAACCUGCAAUCGCGUCCGUUGCUAGCUCGAAUAAUCAUUUGCCUUUGUUGGACGGAACAGAUCCCGAUCAAAAUCGAAGAGAGAAUUUAUCCACCUAUAUAGGUUAAGGUUAUAAGUUCAUUCUUAUCACAGUCAAAGCAAUUGAUCUGUUGCAUGUGCUCUAAUGGAUUUGUUUAAGUGCGCGAAUUCCGGAUAAGGUUCGGAUAUCCAGCAACCCGUUGGAAUUACCAAUUACCUACAGCGAUGAAGUGCGAGAGGCAAGAAAGUGAGAGAAUCUAUAUUGUUUUACUUUUAUUUAUGAUUUAUGUAGUCCAUCGCCGGCCCAAUUUGUCGAAAACUGUUGCGCGUUAUUUUUUUUUUUUUUCAAACUCAAACUUUCAAACAGUACACUGUCAGCAUUCAGUUAAAGGACAAGUGAUAAAUGUCGAUACUUUCGAACGAAUGUAGGUACUAAAAGGGUUCGAAUCCCAACCGAGACCGGACCCUCCGCUGUACGAGAGGACUGACUAUCCACGUACAACAGGGAAACAAGUCUCGUAAGCCCUUAACGGGCAGGCAUGACCAAGAGGUCGUUACGCCAAGAAGAGAAGAAAAAGGUACUAAAACCGAAAAGAAGAAUUAUAUAUUGAGCUUACGUGCAACCCUUUGCAAUUAUUACAUUUAAAGCAUCCACUUCUUUUGCAUGCGAACAAGAAAGUUAGGAACAAACUAAUCUUGCAGCAGACUAACAUUAAAAAUAAAUGUAUGCCUAGGUUGGAGAUAUGAAGCUGAUUCUGUUGCAAACACUCAGCAGCGAGGUUUCUUAGUCUUGCGUAUGCACAUGAUCGGUUGAUUUACUUGCUACCAAUCUCCUAAACAAUAGGUUUUUCCUACAAUUCAAUUUGCGGCGACAGUCAUCGAAAGGAAAUGUGAAUAUAAAACGAGCGAGCGCUGGAUACUUUCUAACGAAUGUAAGGAUCGAUAUGGAAUAAAAACAGAUUUCCUUGAUUAUGAA